GGAGCUUUUGUUUGGAUUCGCUCUUUAUAAGUAAGUGAGGUAUAGGAUCUUACAUUGAACCACACUGAGAUGUUAAUUUAAGGCUUUUGUAUGGAGGCUACCUAUCGCCAGUGUUUACAACAGAGAUACUUUAUGGUCAGAUCAUAACAAGUAAAAUAUAUGUAGCAGAACUGUGAUGUGAAAUUCAUUAACAGAAAACUGAAUAUCGUGCUGAGAUUUUUUUAUAGUUUUAAAUAAGUAUAACAGAUUAUUGGAAAUGAGUAGCAGAGUUAGAACAAAUUCUCAAGGAAAACGAUCAUUAAAUGGAUGGGACAGUGCUCGUGGUGAUAGCUCUACCGUCCAAUGGAGUUCACAAUCAUAUUCUUUAAAAGACAUCCCACAGCAGUUCAAUCUACCACAAGUAGUACGUUGUAAUCCACAGAUUUUAUUAACAAAACGUCAACAACCAUUGCCAGUAAAUCUAGGACAACCUAUUUUGUUCUACAAAACCCGUACGAUCAGAAAACUACUUGCAAGAAAUGUUCUGUUUGACACCAGGGUUGAAAGAUUUGGAGAAACAGAUGAAACCGUCGUCAUACCAGAGGAUUACGAAGGAAACUUUUUAAGGUUAAAAAGUAGAACAGCUAGAGACAAAGAUGUUCACAAGAGUAUCGAGUCGUUAGUAUCCAACAAGGUUCCCGCAUUCAUCAAUCUCUCUCGAAUCUCUGCAUUCCAGAUUGGUAAAGAUCAGGGCAGCAACCAAUACCCACGUCUUAAUUAUUCAGCUGGGAACGUGUUUAUCAUUGACCGAAUAUUCAAAGGAUCCACUACACGAGCAGAUGCAAGUGCGAUUGAAGAAGUGAGACCAUCUAGGCAAGAACUACAUUAUCUGAAAUGUCGUGAUGAACGAGACAUUGAUGUUUUAAUUCCAAUGAGCCACCCUGGGGAAUUUAUGGAAGUUUUGCCCAAUCCUAAUGGAAAAGUCAAAUUAUCUAUGCAAAGCUCUGAUAUCAUAGCCACACAGAAAUUCCCCACGUUGAUACGUUAUGUGUAUGGCGGAACAAGACCCCGACUAACAUCUUACUCUGGCCUCUUUACAGCUCUUGAUUCGUUCGAUGAAACAAGUUUAGUUGGCUGUGUUCUUAGUUCUUCCGGCUUUACAUUAAUAGAAAUGCCUAUUUCCUCACCAUUGGCCUUUCAGAUAGCGCUAAACAACAAUAUUUUCAAUGCUUCUGUUAUAAAACAGGCUGUAAAGCUAUGUCACCAAAAGUGUGCAUACUUCGCUGCAGAUAUGAAGUUCAAAUUUAAAUUUGCCCUUAGAAUUAUGGAAAACAGCCCAGAAAGCCUUUGUGUCAACGAUGAAGAUGACCCCCCUAGUGUAACUAAUAGUGCUAGAUUUGGCAUUUCUCAUACAUAUAUUUAUUUAUAAGAUUUGCUACUAAUUUUCUCUAACUAUUAAUAAUUUAUGGCUAUGAACAUACCCCCACUACAUCUAUUCACGUGACCUGUAAACCAUUUACAGUAGAAUCUGUAUGAGCAGCCACUCCUAUUCAGCGACAUCUCCUUGUAAGCGGUCACGAUAAAUUCCCCCCGUAAAAAUUCUAUUGUUUCAUCUCUUUAUUCAAUGGUCACUCCUCUCACGCGGCCAGCGGUCACUAUUUUACUAAUAACUUCAACAAAACAUCGCCCAUUCAACGGCCAUUGUUGAAUGAUACCAUCUUGUUGUUCUUUGUAACAGCCCCGCUAAUCCUGUGAGUAGUAGUUAAUUAACUGGACCCCCAUUGAUCAGGUAAAAAGAAAUGUAAAAAUUACAAUCAACCCGGGAUUAUCUGUUAAUUAAUCUUUUGUUUUAUUAAACGACUACUUGAUCAUUGUUUUCACGAGUAACGACACAUUAUUUGAUACUGAUUGAAUAAAAUAAAAGUACAGAGUUUUGUCACGAUCAUCUAGUAUCUCUUUUCCAUUGCCACAUUGUUGUUAAACAGACGUUUUAGCACUCCUAUAAUAUUACAUACAGAGUUACACCCCCUGUAAAUAGGUGAUAAAAUCAGCGAUGGUUUUUUGUUCAUGUGCUGUUUUGAUCAAAUAAAAUUAAUUCAUCGAUUUUCUUCACAAAAAUGGAUAAAUAUUAUCAAAUACAUCACAAUGGUAGACAGUAGUAUCAAAGGUUGGUACAAAAUGACAAGUUUACAGAAGUUAUGUAAGAGACUUGAGUAAAGAAUUUUCGUUCGGCGCAAGAUUCAACUACGGUCAAAUUUACCGAUGCAAGUAUUGAUGUUCGUUUCCAAUGCAUCUAAGCGUAAUAUUUAAUUUAUGUCAGCACAAAAAGCACCAAGAUUUUAUUAAGAGGCCACUCCCGUUAAGCGGUCAGUCGUGAGAAUUCCCUUGGGUGGCUGCUUAAUGCAGAUUCUACUGUACACAUUAUAAAUAUAUUAUUCUAUAAAAAAAAUGUAUGUCAUAUAAUAUAGUAUAUAGCGCUUUCAGGGCUGGAUUAAUCAUUAAGCAAACUAAACACAUGCUUAGGGCAUCAUGGGACGGGGGGCGAGGGGCGGGGAGGGACCACAGAAUUCUACUUUGUUAGAUGACAAAUAUAAAAUAUUUAAUUUAAAAAUUAAUUAAGAACUUUUAAUUAAAUUUCCAUUGUUUUUUAUCUUUUCUUACAGUCACCUGCUUUAUCUCAAUUAAUAAUGACGUGUAUAAACCUCAUUUUAACAAAUGCAAAUUUAUUUUGGUUAUAAUGGUUUAUAUAUGGGGGCACCGAAAUCUUUCAAGUGCCUAGGGCCGCUAUGGGUCUUAAUCCGACCUUGGCCGCUUUAUGUAUAAAUCCUGUCAGUGAUUAUGUGCUUGUAUCAAAGCUUAAGCCA